AGGGCAGAACCAAGGGAAGGGGAUUGCUGUCAGGCCCAGGCCCCUGGGGGGCCAGGGCCAGGCCACUGCCUGGGGGCAGCGGGCACCAGAAACUGAAGGCAGCCUGAGCCGGGCAGGGCCCCUCCCUCUGCUACGGCAGCCCCCCAUCAUGCAGCCCCCGCUGGACCUCAAGCAGAUUCUGCCCUUUCCACUGGAGCCAGCCCCUACCCUGGGCCUCUUCAGCAACUACAGCACUAUGGACCCUGUGCAGAAGGCUGUGCUCUCUCACACCUUUGGGGGACCCUUACUCAAGACCAAGCGGCCCGUCAUUUCCUGUAAUGUCUGUCAAAUCCGCUUCAAUUCUCAGAGCCAGGCUGAGGCACACUACAAGGGUAACCGCCACGCCCGCCGAGUCAAAGGCAUGGAGGCAGCCAAGACCCGAGGCAGGGAGCCUGGCAUCCGGGAACCUGGAGACCCAGCUCCACCAGGCAGCACCCCCCCAAAUGGGGAUGGCAUAGCCCCCCGUCCAGUUUCCAUGGAGAAUGGACUGGGUCCAGCCCCAGGGUCCCCAGAGAAACAGCCUGGCUCCCCAUCCCCUCCCAGUGUUCCAGAGACUGGCCGGGGUGUAACCAAGGGUGAAGGGGGUACUCCAGCCUCAGCUUCCUUGCCUGGGGGUAGCAAGGAAGAGGAGGAAAAAGCCAAGCGGCUGCUCUACUGUGCUCUGUGCAAGGUGGCUGUGAACUCCCUGUCCCAGCUUGAGGCACAUAACAAAGGUACUAAGCACAAGACAAUUCUGGAGGCCCGAAGUGGGCUAGGGCCCAUCAAAGCUUACCCUCGACUAGGGCCUCCCACCCCGGGGGAGCCAGAGGCUCCUGCCCAGGACCGAACCUUCCACUGUGAGAUCUGCAACGUCAAGGUCAACUCGGAGGUCCAACUGAAACAGCACAUCUCCAGCCGGCGGCACAGAGAUGGCGUGGCUGGGAAGCCCAACCCACUCCUGAGCCGUCACAAGAAGCCUAGGGGCGCCGGGGAGCUGGCGGGCACGCUGACUUUCUCCAAGGAGCUGCCCAAGUCCCUGGCCGGCGGCCUGCUCCCUAGCCCCCUGGCGGUGGCUGCGGUGAUGGCAGCGGCUGCGGGCUCCCCGCUGUCCCUGCGCCCAGCUCCGGCCGCACCUCUUCUACAGGGACCGCCGAUCACCCACCCUCUACUCCACCCGGCUCCUGGACCCAUCCGAACUGCGCACGGUCCCAUUCUCUUCUCCCCCUACUGACCUCAACCCUGAACCCCUCC